AUGUCACCAAUAAGCAGUCUCGAUCUCGACAUAAUCUUCGAGAACUUGGACAAGAACAACAACGGUCGAAUCACCAUCGCCGAACUGCAGAAUCUUCUCCACGGGAUCGGGAUCCAGACAACCUCGGGGGAGCUCGAGAAGCUCGUGGGCCGAAGCAAUCUCGACUACGUCGAUUUCUUGUUCUUCUACGAAGUGAUCGCGGAUCCCAGAGAGGCAGACGAUGAGGAGGAUCUGCGGAAGGCCUUUGAGGUUUUCGACAUCGAUGGGGACGGGUUUAUAUCUUGCGAGGAGCUGAAGAUGGUGCUGACGAAGAUGGGGCUGUGGGAGAAGAAGAGUGGGGAGGAUUGUAGAGAUAUGAUCCAUGUGUACGACAAGAAUCUUGAUGGACUUCUUGAUUUUGACGAGUUUAAGGAUAUGAUGAUGAUGAAUUACAAUGCAUAA